AUGAAUCGUUUUACAAACGCCAUAAUAAUACCAGAUGAUGAUGAUAAAAUUAUUGACACCUCUACUGUCGAAGGCAAUACUGUUGAAACACCAGUGAAUAUAAUUGAUGAUGAAACUGAUUCUAAUUUGACAAACGAAGAAACAGGAUCUCAAGAUGAUUUCAAUUUGGCUGAUAAUAUUUGGAAUACUGACACAGAGGAGUUGCAGGAGCCUAAUAAUCAAAUACUACAUGAGUCAGAUGGUUGGAAUAUUGAUAUGACAGAUGAGUUGCAAGAAUCUAAUAAUCAAG